GAAAUGACGUGAUAACGUCGAAAACGUGAGGUUGGGACUUCCAGCCGAGAUACGUUUUUUUUUGUUGCCGUUGCUGAGUGAGCAGCCAGCAAGAAGUUUACACUUUCUCUGAGGAAUAAAUAAUACUUUUAUGUUUUUUUGUUUUGUUUUUUGGGGGGGAUGAAAAGGAAUUGAACAUAUUACUUUUCGUAUGUCAAACGUAUAUGGAGUAAUUGGAAAUGGACCAGAGGCCAGAUUUGGAAGCAGCACUUCUGCAGCUUUAGAGAAGAAGCAAGUUAUCACAACUUGAAGUACUCCUCUCGAAUGAUAGUGACGUGUGUAUUUGCACAAGCUAACUAGCUAGCUAAAUGUAAAGUAGCUAGGUGUUGACAAGCUAUCCAGCCAAUUAGCUAGCUGCUAUGGAUAUCUUUCCAAGACCUAGUGGAGAAAUUCAAAGAAAAAACCCGCAGCAGGAUUUCGAGCUUAUUCAACGAGUUGGGAGCGGCACAUAUGGAGAUGUGUACAAGGCUCGAAACAUCCAAACGGGAGAGCUUGCUGCUGUCAAGAUUAUUAAACUGGAGCCAGGGGAUGACUUUUCCAUCAUCCAGCAGGAGAUCUUCAUGGUGAAAGAAUGCAUGCACCACAACAUAGUGGCCUACUUCGGGAGCUACCUCUGCCGGGAGAAGCUGUGGAUUUGUAUGGAGUACUGUGGUGGAGGGUCUCUACAGGACAUAUAUCACGUGACGGGGCCUCUGUCAGAGCCACAGAUCGCCUACGUCUGCCGAGAGACCAUACAGGGUUUGGGAUACCUUCACAGCAAGGGGAAGAUGCACCGUGACAUCAAGGGUGCUAAUAUCCUCUUAACAGACAACGGGGAUGUGAAACUAGCGGAUUUUGGAGUAGCAGCCAAAAUAACAGCCACCAUUGCCAAGAGGAAGUCCUUCAUCGGGACUCCUUACUGGAUGGCCCCGGAGGUAGCAGCAGUAGAGAAGAACGGAGGUUACAACCAGCUGUGUGACAUCUGGGCCGUGGGCAUCACCUCCAUAGAACUGGCGGAGCUGCAGCCCCCUAUGUUUGACCUGCACCCAAUGAGGGCCUUGUUUCUCAUGUCAAAGAGCAGCUUUCAGCCUCCCAAGCUGAAAGAUAAAAUUAAGUGGUCCACAGCCUUCCAUAACUUUGUGAAAGUCUCUCUGACCAAGAACCCAAAGAAGAGACCGACAGCAGAGAAGCUCCUAUCGCAUUUGUUUAUAGAUCAGACAGGGCUGACCAGGAGAGUAGCUGUGGAGCUGCUGGACAAGAUGAACAACCCAGACAACCACCAACACUUCUCUGAGGUGGACGACGAUGACCUGGAGUCUCUUUCAGUCGUGAGACACACCAUCCGUUCCAUCAACAAACACCCCAGACCAGAGAGAACUCACUCAGAGAUCAGCUUUGAUAAAGUGAAGUUUGAACCUCCACUGAGGAAGGAAACGGAGGCUCACACUGAAAUGGAUGUGACUAAACAGAGCGACUUCCCCUCCCCCUGGAGCCCAUUCGCAGAGGGAGGCAUCACGACCAGGGGACAUAUGGCCCAUCUGGAGGACGCCUUCGAAGACGUGGAGCUGUCGACCCUGAAGCAUGGAAUCCCACCACCUCUACCGCCAAAGCCUCAACUGAACAGUUUGUCAGAUGAGCUAGGUCUGACUGAUGAGCGGUGUCUGACGGUGAGGAGGUUCCCGGGCUCAGAGAGCAGCCCAGGCCUGGGCCCCCGGAGACUGAGCACCCCAGAGCAGGGCAACAAGGUGGAGCACCCCUCUCCUGACUACCUGUCAGCCAGCGUUAGUAGUCCUGGUAUACUGUCCACAGCCUCGGACCCUGCUAUCAGUUAUUCAAACAACGUUUUCGUCAGUAAUUCAAACCUAUCCAAAGAACUUGAAGACUCUGAUGGAGGUGUGAACGGGGACAGUCCCAAGACUCCUCCCAGCCGACCACAGAGGAAGGAGAAGAAAGACUACCCUAAGCCAGCGAUCAACGGCCUGCCACCCACUCCUAAAGUCCUGAUGGGAGCCUGUUUCUCCAAGGUGUUUGAUGGCUGUCCACUGAAAAUCAACUGUGCCACAUCGUGGAUACACCCAGAUACCAAAGACCAAUACCUUAUAUUUGGGACGGAGGAUGGGAUCUAUACCCUCAACCUGAAUGAGCUGCAUGAAGCCACCAUGGAACAGCUGUUCCCCAGGAAGUGUACCUGGCUCUACAUCAUCAACAACAACCUGAUGUCUCUGUCAGAAGGAAAGACCUUCCAGCUGUACUCUCACAACCUGAUUGGGCUGUUUGAGCAGCUGAAGAAACCUGGCCUCGCCUCUCAGUUCCAGACACACCGCUUCCCAGACAAGAUCUUGCCUAGGAGGUUUGCCUUGACCACCAAGAUCCCGGACACAAAGGGCUGUCACAAGUGCUGCAUUGUGAGGAACCCCUACACGGGCCAUAAGUACCUGUGUGGAGCGCUGCAGUCUGGGAUAGUCCUGCUACAGUGGUACGAGCCCAUGCAGAGGUUCAUGCUCAUCAAGCACUUUGACUUCCCCCUACCCAGCCCUCUGAAGGUGUUUGAGAUGUUGGUGGUUCCAGAGCAGGAAUACCCCAUGGUGUGUAUCGCGGUCAGCCAAGCCACGGAGCCAGGCCAGGUGGUUCACUUUGAGACCAUCAACCUCAACUCCUGCUCUUCCUGGUUCACUGAGAUGGGAUCAACUGGCCAAGCAGUGGAUGCCAUCCAUGUGACCCAGCUGGAGAGGGACACCGUGCUCGUGUGCCUGGACAAAAAUCUAAAGAUCGUGAACCUCAUGGGAAGAUUAAAGUCUAACAAGAAGCUAGCCUCGGAGCUCAGCUUUGACUUCGCCAUUGGAUCCGUUGUGUGCCUUCAGGACAGUGUUCUGGCCUUCUGGAAGCACGGCAUGCAGGGAAAGAGCUUCAAGUCCAACGAGGUCACCCAGGAGAUUUCUGAUCCCAGCCGAGUCUUCCGUCUCCUCGGAUCUGACAGGGUGGUGGUUCUGGAGAGCCGGCCCACUGACAACCCCACAGCCCUCAGCAACCUCUACAUCCUGGCCGGGCAUGAGAACAGUUACUAGCCCCUUAACCGUGUUACCAGCUCCUAGCUCUGACCCAGUGACUCCACACAGGGAGGGGGGAGGGGGGGGGGGGGGGGGCACCUACAGACCCAUUGGAUAGGUGAAGAAUUAGCAGGAAGUGGAUCAACUCCCAGCAGUCCACUUGCCUCAGCAGGCUCUCAUACCGCCUGGACUCAUGGUACAACCACAGGUAGAACAAUGAGACAGAUAUUUCAUUGGAUGGAUGAAAUGUGAAGCAUCCGGGGUUAGCGGUUUUUCACACACUACCAAAUAUGGUAGUGAGAGGAAGUCCACUAGGUGGUCGAUGGGAGAAGAUGGAACGAGAUGGAUUUUGACCGACAUUCUGCAAAUCUUCCCAUCAAUGAAACAUUUGAUCACAGUACAGUAGUUUUCUGUUACGAUACGGAACAGAUUCAUUUUUGUAGACUUUACCCUUUUGCAAAAUUUUAUUUUUUAUUUUUUUUAUCAUGCUGUUACAAGGAGUGCAAAGGUGAAUUGGGUUAUUGCACAUUUCACAGAGUUAGGCGUUCCCUAAUGGAAAUAUGUAGAUGUAUACUAGAAGGCGCCAAUAGGCUCCUGCUAUCUUGUGCUUGGCUCUGCCCACUAUGACUCAUUUGUUCCCAUUGGAAACGACAAGCUGUGGUCUAUCUUGGUUUAGUGAUAGAAAAAAUCUUUGUUUGAACUGUGUCACCAAACCCAGGAAGUAGUUAGUGAAUACAGAAACAACAGGUCAUCAACCAACAGGUCAGACAAGGGGACUGUGAUGCUUCAAGCAAAACCACGUCCUUCCUCUUCACAGAUCUUCCAACGGCCUUAUGCUGAGCAGGCAAGCAGCACCUCCUCCUUCCUCUACAGUCCUGUCCACCUCCUCCCUCUACAGUCCUGUCCACCACCUCCUCCUCCUCCCUCUACAGUCCUGU